AUGGCACACCUUCGUGCUACUGCCCUGGCAGCCCUGUUGCUACUUGUCCAACAAUCCACAGCCUUCUUGCAUGCUCCGCGCCACACGGUUCCCACUCGGCUUUACGGCGACAGCGACUCGGAUCCCACCAAAGUUUGGUACGCUGGAUUGGCCGAUACGGUUCAGAAUGUCUUGACCAAUUCCCCAUUGAACGAAGGAAAGAAAGCCCUUGCCAAGGCUGUCUUGGACGCCAAGGGCACCCGUUAUCACGUCGUCGAGCUAGACGAAGUGAAGGACGGAAGGGCCAUCCGUGCCGAAAUGGCCGACGUCAUUGGAAGAACAUCGGUUCCCGCCAUUUGGAUUGGAGGAGAAUUCAUCGGUGGCUGCAACGAUGGUCCAAAGGGAGGCAUUGUAAAACUCGACGAGAGUGGAGAGUUGGAUGUUAUGCUGAAUGCCGUGGGUGCCAUCUAG